UGACUGGUGGACCCGCCGCUGGUAGGACGACGUCUUUUAUUUUCCACCCUCACAGGUUCAAGGACUCUACGUCUGUUCUUUUUUUAAAAUUUGAUUUUCACAUUUUGGAAUAUUUUGACUGGAUAUCCAGCUCUUGUCACACCAGUAACAUGGCGGACAGUAAAGUAGAAACCAGCGGGGAACUGAGCGUCAAGGAGCUGAAGGAGAAGAAGAAGACUGAAGAGGCAGAGAACGGAGAGGAUGCUGCUGCCAAUGGCAAAGCUGACGAGGAGAACGGCGAGCAGGAGAAUGAGGUGGAGGACGACGUAGGAGAAGAGGACGACGACGAGGAUGGUGAGGGUGAUGAGGAGGACGAUGAAGAUGACGACCUUGAUGUACCAACGGGGAAGAGAGCGGCUGAGGAUGAUGAUGAUGAUGAUGAAGAGGACGAAGUUGAAACCAAGAAGCAGAAGAAAGAUAAGUAGAGUUUGGCCAAGGCCCCGCUGUCUGGACGACGACACCACCGAGAGGACAGACAGCCAGUUUUCCAGCAAACCUUCAACACCUCAGUCCUCCCUUCCUAACAAGAAUACUUUUACAAACAGAAUUAGUUUGUAUUUUUAUUUACAUUUUAUAUUUUUGUAAAUACUGUAAGGAGGUUGGCCAUUUUGCAACAAUGAUCUUUCUUGGUAUCAAGUGGUGCUUUGAGGACUUUUAGAUUCAAACUUAUCAUCAGCCGUCCACAUUCUGCAUCAGCCAAGCAGAGGCAUUCGCCCUCACCCUCCGCCCCACCCCCCCUCCCCCCAGCUUACUUUUAUUACAUUAGGGUUCUGCUUAGGGUUCCUUCAGGGUGUGUGUUGACUUUUAGUGGCAUGGGAAAAAUAACUGAUUCUGCACUUCUCAAGAGUGCUGAUAGUGUAUUACUGGUAGUUUCAGCUGUCCGUCUGUCACCGUCUGUCUGUUAUGGCCAGAUGUUAAUGUUGUUAUGUCUGUGCUGUUUUGUUGAACAAUAAACAGUCGUUUGAUUUUGUUGGAUUGUACCUGUGUUAGUUUAUACCUGCAGUAAAAAGAAUGAGGAGAAUCAGUCUUCAGUGACCGGAGUGUCAAAAUUGAAAUCUGUUAAGAUACAGCCAGGAACUCAUCAAAUCUCCUCAAAGCCACAGUAAUGGAUUAAAGCUGGUAUCCAGAUUUGUUUUUAUUAUUUUUUUAGAUAACUGGUUAAUAUUUUGUGGUUGAGGAUUGUAUAACAAGAACUGUCAUAUUAUCUGUUGGAGACUCUCUUCAUACUUUUGAAAAAAAUAUUUAGCUUGUCAGGUUGCACCUGUCCUGGUUGACAGUUUCAAUAAAGUUUGUUCCAAACAGUCA